GCGACUGAAGAAAGCUUUCACUCGCGACGACGGUGAUGGAGACGUCGAGGCUACCGUUGUCGUCUUCGAUUAGAGGAAAGCUGAUAUCCGCCGGUUACACUUCUCUGUCGUCGAUUUCAUCCGUCUCCUCCACCGAUCUCGCUCGAGAUGUUAAAAUCACAGAGAGUGAAGCAUUUGAGAUUUUGAAGAUGGCAAAUCAAAUCAGCGGAUCAAGCUCUUGCAAUGGAAGAAGCUCUUCUCUCGUAAAUGGAGCAAGGAAUGCUUGGGAUAUGCUUAACGAGGAGGAAGCUUUGCCGCGGAUUACUACGUCUUGUUCUGAUCUUGAUAAGAUCUUGGGUGGUGGAAUCAGCUGCAGGGAUGUUACAGAGAUUGGUGGAGUACCUGGUAUUGGCAAGACUCAG